ACAGAGCACUAUAAUGAAUGAAACAGUGAAUCCACGCUCCUGUGACUCUUUUGGGCAAUGUUGAUCACUAAUUUGGCUCCUGAAGGACUGAGGUCUCAGUAUCACUGCUCUAGGGUGUGACUUAGGAGCUCGCAAGGCAAAAGACUUUCAGGGCACAAAGCCAGGGGAGGAGGGAAUCCACACCCUCUCCUGUCAAACCCACUGCUGAGCAGAUGAAAGUGAAACUCACUUUGCGUCUGUUUCCCGGAGAAAAGACUCAUGGCUCAGGCUGCUGCGAAUCUGACUGAAGAUCUCCAGAAUGAAGCCACUUGUCCCAUCUGCCUGGACUCUUUUAAAGACCCAGUGAUCACAGAGUGCAGCCACAAUUUCUGUGGGGCCUGUAUCCGUGAGUACUGCAAGGAAUCAUCGCGAAACGUCUCCUGUCCGCAGUGCAGGAAGACAAUCCAGCCAGGGAACUUCAGGCCCAACAGGCAGCUGGCAAACAUGGUGGAAAUAGCUGUGCGGCUCGGCGUGGAAGCAGCAAGGAAAGCGCGAGAGAUUGUGUGCAAGGAGCACAAGGAACCUCUGAAGCUCUUCUGCGAAGGAGACCAGAGCCCGAUCUGCCUGGUGUGCAGGGAGUCCCGCGGGCACAGGGACCACGCUGUGGCGCCCAUAGAGGAGGCAGCGCAGGCCUACCAGGAAAAGCUUCAGAGCAAUUUGUGUUUCUUACAAAAAGAGAGAGAAGAAUUUGAACCGUAUGGAGAAGAGAGAAGUGACGAGCUGCUGAGACAGACAGAAUUGGAGAGACGGAAGAUUUUGUCGGAAUUUGAGCAAUUGCAUGAGUUUUUGAGUGAACAACAGUGCCUUCUUCUGGCACAGCUGGAAAUGCUAGAUGAGGAGAUUUUAAAGAGGCGGCAUGAAUAUGUCACCAAAGUGUCAGAGAAAAAGUUACUACUCAACGAACUGAUCAGCGAGAUACAAAGGAAAUGUUCCCAGCCAGCGACAGAAUUCCUUAAGGACGUUGGCAGCACCUUGAGCAGGUGCGAGUGUGUGAAGGUCCCAACUCCAGAGCCCGUUUCUCCUGUGCUGAAGAAGAGAGUCAGCGACUUCUCUGAAAAUAAUAAUCUUGUCACAGGGGUGCUGGCCGUGUUCAAAGAAAAUCUGCGAGCUCAGCUGGAUAAAGAGAAAGUCAACGUGACUCUGGAUCCAGAAACAGCAAAUCCCCACCUCAUCCUGUCAGAGGAUGGGAAAAGUGUGAGACUCGGAGCGGGGCGGCUGGAUGUGCCUGCCAAUCCCAAGAGGUUCAUGUCGAGCCCCUGUGUCCUGGGCUCUGAGGGAUUCACAACAGGGAGACACUAUUGGGAGCUGGAGGUUGGAGAUGGGGAUGGCUGGGCUGUGGGGGCUGCCAGAGAGUCGGUGGAGAGAAACAGAAAGUCAACGCUUCAGACGGAAGGGAUCUGGGCUGUACGUCUGGGCUGGGAUCGUCAAUACACAGCUCUCACGUUUCCCCCAACCCCUCUCUCACUGGACGAGAAGCCCAGGAAGAUCCGAGUUCACUUGGACUACGAAGAGGGGCAAGUGACCUUUUACAACGCAGAGAACAUGGCCCAAAUCUUCAAUUUCUCUGCCUCUUUCAAGGAGAAAAUCUUCCCUUACUUCUGGCUCUGGUCCCCAGAAUCAUGUAUCCAGAUGUGUCCCUGAUGGUAUCAAGCUUCUUACAGUGGCUCUCACAUGAGAACUCCUGCACACUUGACUGCAGCUGGAGAAAGAGAGGAUUCAUUAAAAUAACCCUAACUAACCAAACGCUCAGAAAUUAUCUGCUUGUAUUUCUCAUUGCAGUAAGUUCAUCUGCACUCGUUACCCAGAGCCUUGGGCUGGAUCAUCUCCUUUGUGUAUUGCCAUAAAACCGUGGUGUCUACUGGAUGUUCUGCACUGCCCCUUUAAGUGUCAAUGCCAGAUUUUCACCACUAACUUCAUAGCUUCACUCUGCUAGCACACUUCUGUCAGUCAGGGGUGUGAUGAGGUGUAAUUUGUGACCCACAAAGCUGUGCUGGCAAAAGCCCCUAGUGUAAAUGCAGCUAUACUUUCAAAUGUGCACUUUUACCACUAUAGGUAAGGCUAAGAUGUUGUCACGUUUAUUUUUAGUAAAAGACAGGGACAGGUCUCGGGCAAUAAACAAAAAUUUACAUUAAAAAUAACAGUGACAACAUGGGACUGAGCCGGAGCCCUGCUGUGGGAGAGGAGGGAUGGAGGUCCAGCACCCACUGCAGCUGACAUCUCUGGGGUCCCCCCAGUGGCUGAAAGCUGCAUGGCCCCCACCUCCUGUGGCAGCUGAGAGCUCCAGGGGUCCCCUGUAGCAGCUGAAAGCUGCAGGGGCCUGUGCUGGCUGACAGUUCCAGCCCCGCCAUCCCCUGGUUGAAACAGAAAAUGUCACAGAUUCCGUGAUUUCCGUGACCUAAUCUUAUCUUUAACUAUAGGGGUUAUGUCUCUUGGAAGGGUUACAGUCACCUAUGCCAACCAAAGCACAGUUUUGCCAGUAUAAGCUGUCCAUACUAGGAGCGCUUUGCUGGUGUAAUACACCGGUAUUCUUACGCCAGCAAAACCUUCCAAGUGGGAUCCUGGCCUAAGAACUCUGCCUUUUUCAGUGACAGCAGCCAUUUUGUCCCUAGAAUUGCUGCAGCCUGUUACAAGAGAGAGACAGACAAACUUAAUUCCUACUGCGAGGCGGUUGCAAAUCCUGUUUCUAGGGCAAUCUGUGAGAGGGGUUCUGAGCCUUCAUGUUUUACAUCUAUUUGAGACCUUGGGCAAGUUACCUGCAACAAUGUUUUGGUUUUUUUUAAAAAAGGUUAAGAAAAACAAAAAAUGAACAGAGUUCUAAAGGGAGUGAAUAAAAAUCCAUUCCCUUCUGAAUUAAUCAUCUUUCCUUUAAUUUCUUUAGUAUCAUAAAUCAUGCAGUUCUCCAGUCAGCCAUAGAGUCUCCCAAGACCUAAAUUUCUGAUGUAGACUAAAACUUUGCUGGCCUACUAUAUACAUCAUAAAGAUGCACAAUCAAAAGGGCACAAGCCCAGUAUUUUUUCUUUGCAUGGAAGGAGUUAAAGUAAGGUGUGCUAAGUCAGUGGUACUUCAAUGAACAGGAAUGGUGGAGUUAAAAAAAAAGUUUAAGUAAUUGUUGGUAUGAACGUUCUAGUCUGGAUUGUGCUCCAUCCAGACUUAUUCAAGCCAGUUUUAAUUCUGACUUCCUAAAUGGUCGUUUUGAAUAGUGUGUAAGGGACGAGGGUGUAGGUGGUUUGGCCUAACAGUCGCAGCUGGGCUGGUUUCCACAAAUCAAGAACAGCCAUGAGGUGGUGAUCAGUGAGCAGGGAUCAGAGUAAUCACUAGAUCCGGGCUCAAUAGGUAAGAGUCAGGCCAGAGCUGGAGAUCAGAGAUAGUUACUAGACUGGAAUCAGAAGUGUUAGGGGCAGAAAAUGGAGAUCAGCAAGCGAGGUCAGGUCAAGAGUCACAGCAAUACAGAAGUCUGCCUGGUUGCCCAGACAACUUCCUGGGGCACUUCCCAGGGUUGAACAGUGAGCAUGGGCCCAUCAGAAGGCCACAGGGUGCUGUCGCUCUGGUCCUUUUGGACAGUACUUCUGCUGCACCUCAUCUGCACAGUGCUUCUUGGAUAUAAUGCUGCAUGGCCUCCCAGCAGCGAUGUGGGAACAUCAGCUGUCCCAGGUUCUAGUCCCAUGGAUCCUUAUGUAAUGAUUCAGCAGGUGGUACUCCCUCCUUGGGGACAGUACCGAACCAAUGGAAUGUCUGAGAGUGAGUUCAAAUUCUCCUUGCAAACUGUGCAUCUGGAGCUCGUCUGUCAGCCCUUUGAGAUUGAAAAUGCUUUGAACAAAUCAAGCUACUUUCAUUCAGUUCCCCAUCAUCUUGGUCAUCAGUGACAUGGGCCUGUGGCAUCUGCAAAGGGGUGAGGCCGUAUAUCUAAAGGUCUAUACUAGAAAUCUACAUCGGUAUAACUACAUCACUCCAGGAUGUGAAAAAUCCUUUCUCCUGAGCAACAUAGUUACAUCAACCUAACCCGCAGUGUACACAGCGCUACACCAGAGAAUUCUCCUGUCGACAUAGCUACCACCUCUUGUGGAAGUGGAUUAACUCUCCUGACUGGAGAAGCUUUUCUGUAUUUCAUUUUACAGAUACGCCAAACCCGUGAAAAAAAACAGAAAUUGGGCUUCUUUUUGG